AUGGAUCACUCCUCGUUCAGCGGUGCACCUCGCUUCCUAACCCGGCCCAAGGCCUUCGUGGUGUCGGUGGGCAAAGAUGCCACGCUGAGCUGCCAGAUCGUGGGCAACCCCACGCCGCAGGUCAGCUGGGAGAAGGACCUGCAGCAGGUGGAGGCGGGCACUCGCUUCCGCCUGGCCCAGGACGGCGACCUGUACCGCCUCACCAUCUUGGACCUGGCGCUGGGCGACAGCGGGCAGUAUGUAUGCCGUGCGCGCAACGCCAUCGGCGAAGCCUUCGCGGCGGUCGGCCUGCAGGUGGACGCCGAGGCAGCGUGCGCCGAGCAGGCACCCCACUUUCUGCUGCGGCCCACAUCCAUCCGCGUGCGCGAGGGGGCCGAGGCCACCUUCCGUUGCCGCGUGCGCGGUUCGCCGCCGAUGUCUGUGAGCUGGGACAAGGAUGGGCGGCGCCUGGGCGCGCUGGAAGCUCCCCGAGUGCGCGUGGAGGCGAGCGGCGAGGCGAGCGCGCUGCGCAUCCUGGCCGCGCAGCCGCGCGACAGCGGCACUUACACGGUGCACGCGGAGAACCCGCUGGGCGCCGCUAGCGCCGCCGCUGGGCUUUCGGUGGACACGGAAGCAGACACAGCCGGCCAGCCCGGGGCCUCCACAGCCAUGCUCCUGGCGCACCUGCAGCUGCGGCGCGAGGCCAUGCGCACCGAGGGCGCCCCGGCCUCGCCGCUCAGCGCCAGCACGCGCACCUGCACGGUGACUGAGGGCAAGCACGCGCGCCUCAGCUGCUUCGUGAUGGGUGUGCCCAAGCCUGAGAUAGUGUGGAAGAAGGAUGGGCAGCUGGUGGCCGAGGGCCGGCGACAUGUGGUGUACGAGGACGCGCAGGAGAACUUCGUGCUCAAGAUCCUCUUCUGCAAGCAGUCAGACUGUGGCCUCUAUACUUGCACAGCGUCCAACCUCGUGGGCCAGACCUACAGCUCCGUGCUAGUCGUCGUGCGAGCGCCCAUGGUGCCCUUCAGAAAGCGGCUGCAGGACCUGGAGGUGCCAGAGAAAGCGUCGGCCACAUUCCAGUGUGAGGUGCCGCUGCCGCCCAUGGAGUCUGCGUGGUAUAAGGAGGAGACGCGGCUGUGGGCCAGUGCCAAGUACCUCAUCGAGGAGGCAGGCGCUGAGCGCCGACUGACCGUGCUCAAUGUCACCUCUGAUGACGAUGCUGUGUACAUCUGCGAGACGGCAGAGGGCAGUCGCACGGUGGCCGAGCUGGCGGUGCGAGGCAACCUCCUUCGAAAGCUCCCGAGGAAGACAGCUGGGCGAGUGGGAGACACGGCCAUGUUCUGUGUGGAGCUGGCCAAGCCAGACGGCCCCAUCCACUGGCUGUGGAACCAGCAGGAGGUUUUGGCCGGGGGCCGAGUGGCCAUUACUGCCGAAGGCACGUGCCACACGCUGACCAUCUCCCAGUGCAGCCUGGACGAUGCGGGUGAGGUGGCCUUUGUGGCUGGGGACUGCCGGACGUCCACCCAGUUCUGCGUGUCAGCCCCCAGAAGGCCGCCCCUGCGUGCUCCUGAGGCCCCUGUGGUGAAGGCCAGGACAGAGAGCUCUGUGACCCUUGGCUGGUCCCCACCACCCCACGGGGACCGCCCUGUUGCUAUCGAUGGCUACCUGGUGGAGAAGAAGAGAAUGGGCACCCACCCCUGGAGCCGGUGCCAUGAAGACAAGUGGGUGGCUAUGCCUGAGCUGACUGUGGCUGGCGUGGCCGAGGAGGGGGAAUUCCAGUUCAGGGUGUCAGCUGUGAACAGAUUUGGCCAGAGCCCCUACCUCGAGUUCCCGGGAACUGUACACCUGGCCCCCCAGCUGGCUGUGAAAACACCUCUGAAGGCGGUAGAGGCAGUGGAAGGCGGCGAGGUGACCUUCUCUGUGGACCUCACUACGGCCUCAGCAGGAGAGUGGUUCCUGGACGGGCAGGCCCUGAAGGCCAGCAGCGUGUAUGUGAUACACUGUGACGGCACCCGGCACACUCUCACCAUUCGCUUGGUGCCUGGCAGCCUGCACGGGGCCGAGCUCAAGUUCGUGGCCAAUGGUAUCGAGAGCAGCAUCCGCAUGGAGGUCCGAGCAGCCCUGGGGCCGACGACCAAGUGUCCGGCAGCAGCAGUGGCAGCACGGGAGGUGCUGGCCCGGCUGCACGAGGAGGCCCAACUCCUGGCCGAGUUAUCGGACCAGGCUGCAGCUGUGACGUGGCUCAAGGACGGACACGCACUGUCUCCAGGCCCCAAGUAUGAGGUGCAGGCGUCAGCCGGGCAGCAGGCACUGCUAGUGCGGGACGUGAAGCAAGAAGACGCAGGCCUGUAUGAGUGUGUCAGCCACGGGGACCGCAUCGCCUACCAACUAUUGGUGCAAGGUGACACCAGUGCCUCACAUCUUUUUUUGCACAAGGACACGGCUGGUGGCUGUGUGGAUGCCGUGGCCGGGGGCUCAGCCCACUUUGAAUACGAAACCUCAGAGGCCCACGUGUGUGUACACUGGUACAAGGAUGGCGUGGAGCUCAGUCACUCCUGCCAGCGCUUCUCACAGGAGGACAUGGGCACACGGCACCGGCUGGUGGCUACCUCAGUCACUGUGCAGGAUGAGGGCACCUACUUGUGCCAAGUGGGCGAGGACGCUGUGGACUUCUGGUCGUGUGUCUGUGAGCCCAAGGUGGUGUUUGCCAAGGAGCAGCCGGCACGCAGUGAAGUGCAGGCCAUGGCCGGGGCCAGUGCCACGCUGAGCUGCGAGGUGGCCCAGGCCCAGACGGAGGUGACGUGGUACAAGGACGGAAAGAAGAUGAGUUCGAGCUCGAAAGUGCGUGUGGAGGCCACGGGCCGAGGACGGCGGCUGGUGGUGCAGCAGGCGGGCAAGGCAGACGCCGGGGAGUACAGCUGUGAGGCCGGGGGCCAGAGGGUCUCCUUCCACCUGGAUGUCACAGAACCCAAGGUGGUGUUUGCCAAGGAGCAGCCGGCACGCAGUGAAGUGCAGGCCAUGGCCGGGACCAGUGCCACGCUGAGCUGCGAGGUGGCCCAGGCCCAGACGGAGGUGACGUGGUACAAGGACGGAAAGAAGCUGAGUUCGAGCUCGAAAGUGCGUGUGGAGGCCACGGGCCGAGGGCGGCGGCUGGUGGUGCAGCAGGCGGGCAAGGCAGAUGCCGGGGAGUACAGCUGCGAGGCCGGGGGCCAGAGGGUCUCCUUCCACCUGGAUGUCACAGAGCCCAAGGUGGUGUUUGCCAAGGAGCAGCCAACACGCAGUGAAGUGCAGGCCGUGGCGGGGGCCAGUGCCACGCUGAGCUGCGAGGUGGCCCAGGCCCAGACGGAGGUGACGUGGUACAAGGACGGAAAGAAGCUGAGUUCGAGCUCGAAAGUGCGUGUGGAAGCCACGGGCCGAGGGCGGCGGCUGGUGGUGCAGCAGGCAGGCAAGGCAGAUGCCGGGGAGUACAGCUGCGAGGCCGGGGGCCAGAGCGUCUCCUUCCACCUGGAUGUCACAGAGCCCAAGGUGGUGUUUGCCAAGGAGCAGCCAACACGCAGUGAAGUGCAGGCCGUGGCGGGGGCCAGUGCCACGCUGAGCUGCGAGGUGGCCCAGGCCCAGACGGAGGUGACGUGGUACAAGGACGGAAAGAAGCUGAGUUCGAGCUCGAAAGUGCGUGUGGAAGCCACGGGCCGAGGGCGGCGGCUGGUGGUGCAGCAGGCAGGCAAGGCAGAUGCCGGGGAGUACAGCUGCGAGGCCGGGGGCCAGAGCGUCUCCUUCCACCUGGAUGUCACAGAGCCCAAGGUGGUGUUUGCCAAGGAGCAGCCAGCACGCAGUGAAGUGCAGGCCGUGGCGGGGGCCAGUGCCACGCUGAGCUGCGAGGUGGCCCAGGCCCAGACGGAGGUGACGUGGUACAAGGACGGAAAGAAGCUGAGUUCGAGCUCGAAAGUGCGUGUGGAAGCCACGGGCCGAGGGCGGCGGCUGGUGGUGCAGCAGGCGGGCAAGGCAGAUGCCGGGGAGUACAGCUGCGAGGCCGGGGGCCAGAGCGUCUCCUUCCACCUGGAUGUCACAGAGCCCAAGGUGGUGUUUGCCAAGGAGCAGCCGGCACGCAGUGAAGUGCAGGCCAUGGCCGGGACCAGUGCCACGCUGAGCUGCGAGGUGGCCCAGGCCCAGACGGAGGUGACGUGGUACAAGGACGGAAAGAAGCUGAGUUCGAGCUCGAAAGUGCGUGUGGAGGCCACGGGCCGAGGGCGGCGGCUGGUGGUGCAGCAGGCGGGCAAGGCAGACGCCGGGGAGUACAGCUGUGAGGCCGGGGGCCAGAGGGUCUCCUUCCACCUGGAUGUCACAGAGCCCAAGGUGGUGUUUGCCAAGGAGCAGCCGGCACGCAGUGAAGUGCAGGCCAUGGCCGGGACCAGUGCCACGCUGAGCUGCGAGGUGGCCCAGGCCCAGACGGAGGUGACGUGGUACAAGGACGGAAAGAAGCUGAGUUCGAGCUCGAAAGUGCGUGUGGAGGCCACGGGCCGAGGGCGGCGGCUGGUGGUGCAGCAGGCGGGCAAGGCAGACGCCGGGGAGUACAGCUGUGAGGCCGGGGGCCAGAGGGUCUCCUUCCACCUGGAUGUCACAGAGCCCAAGGUGGUGUUUGCCAAGGAGCAGCCAGCACGCAGUGAAGUGCAGGCCGUGGCGGGGGCCAGUGCCACGCUGAGCUGCGAGGUGGCCCAGGCCCAGACGGAGGUGACGUGGUACAAGGACGGAAAGAAGCUGAGUUCGAGCUCGAAAGUGCGUGUGGAGGCCACGGGCCGAGGGCGGCGGCUGGUGGUGCAGCAGGCGGUCAAGGCAGAUGCCGGGGAGUACAGCUGCGAGGCCGGGGGCCAGAGGGUCUCCUUCCACCUGGAUGUCACAGAGCCCAAGGUGGUGUUUGCUAAGGAGCAGCCGGCACGCAGUGAAGUGCAGGCUGUGGCAGGGGCCAGUGCCACCCUGAGCUGCGAGGUGGCCCAGGCCCAGACGGAGGUGACGUGGUACAAGGACGGAAAGAAGCUGAGUUCGAGCUCAAAAGUGCGUGUGGAGGCCACGGGCCGAGGGCGGCGGCUGGUGGUGCAGCAGGCGGGCAAGGCAGACGCUGGGGAGUACAGCUGCGAGGCCGGGGGCCAGAGGGUCUCCUUCCACCUGGAUGUCACAGAGCCGGAACUUGAGCUCCCGACCCUGGAGAGACCCAGACGCAGGGAACCUCUGGUGGUCAGGGAACACGAAGACAUCGUCCUGACAGCCACGCUGGCCACACCCUCUGUGGCCGCGGUGACGUGGCUCAAGGACGGUGUGGAGAUUCGCAGCAGCAAGCGGCACGAGAUGGCCAGCCUGGGGGACACCCACACCCUGACUGUGCGUGGCGUGCAGACCCUGGACAGUGCCGUCUACAGCUGCCGCCUGGGCGCAGAGGAGCAGGACUUCCCGGUGCAGGUGGAAGAGGUGGCUGCCAAGUUCUGCCGUGCCCUGGAGCCCGUGAGCGGGGAGCUGGGCGGCACAGUGAAGCUGGUCUGCGAGCUGAGCCCGGCGCAGGCCCAGGUGGUGUGGCGCCGCGGGAGCACGCAACUCCGGGCCGGCAAACGCUUCCAGAUGGCGGCUGCGGGGCUUCAGCGCUCGCUCACUGUGUCGGGCCUGCGGGCAGAGGAUGCGGGGGAGUACGUGUGCGAGAGCCGCGAUGACCACACCAGCGCCAUGCUCACCGUGAGCGUCCCCCGCGUGGUCAAGUUCACGUCUGGGCUGAGCGCGGUGGUCGCGGAGGAGGGCUGCAAGGCCACCUUCCAGUGCAUGGUGACUCCCAGCGACGUGGCGGUGACGUGGUUCCUGGAUGGCGUCAAGCUACAGUCCAGCGAGAAGUUUCUCAUAUCGCAGAAGGGUGCCAGCCACAGCCUGACUAUCUUGGGCCUAGCCCUGGAGGAUGCCGGCCAGAUCACCGCGGAGGCUGAGGGCAUCAAGACCGUGGCUGCCCUCCGGGUCCGAGAGGCCCCAGUGUUGUUCAAAAAAAAGCUGGAGCCACAGACUGUGGAGGAGCGGAGCUCGGUGACCAUGGAGGUGGAGCUGACGCGGCCAUGGCCGGAGGUCAAGUGGACACGCAACGCCGCGGCCCUGGUGACAGGCGAGAAUGUGGAGAUCCACGCCGAGGGCUCAAGUCACCGCUUGGUUCUCCGCAGUGUGGGUUUCGCUGACCGUGGUUUCUAUGGCUGCGAGACAGCGGAUGAUAAGACACAGGCCAAGCUGACUGUGGAAAUGCGCCAGGUCCGGCUUGUGCGGGGCCUGCAGACCGUGGAGGCGCAGGAGCAGGGCACAGCCACAAUGGAAGUAGAGCUGUCCCAUGCUGAUGUGGAGGGCAGCUGGACUCGAGAUGGCCUUCGGCUCCAGCCGGGACCCACGUGCCAGCUGGUGGUACACGGCCCCACCCAUACCCUUACGCUGUCUGGGCUGCAGAGGCAGGACAGUGGCCUGGUUUCCUUCAGGGCGGAGGGCGUGCACACAUCUGCGCGGCUGGUGGUCACUGAGCUGCCUGUGAAGUUCAACCGCCCUCUGCAGGAUGUGGUGGCCACGGAAAAGGACAAGGUGGUCCUGGACUGUGAGCUCUCACGCCCCAAUGUGGAUGUGCACUGGUUGAAGGAUGGUGUGGAGCUGCAGGUGAGCAAGACAGUGGGCAUGGUGGCCCAGGGGGCCUGCAGGAGUCUCAUCAUUUACCGAUGUGAGCUUGGGGACCAGGGCGUGUAUGUGUGUGAUGCCCACGAUGCUCAGAGCUCGGCCUCCCUGAAGGUGCAAGGAAGGACAUACACUCUCAUCUAUCGGAGGGUCCUGGUGGAAGAUGCAGGGGAAAUCAAAUUUGUAGCACAAUGUGCAGAAUCACGAGCCCAGCUCCGAGUAAAAGAGCUGCCAGUAUCCAUCCUACGCCCGCUGCGGGACAAGAUCGCGAUGGAGAAGCACCGCGGUGUGCUCGAGUGCCAGAUGUCAAGGGCCAGUGCCCAGGUGCGGUGGUUCAAGGGCAGCGUGGAACUGCAGCCUGGGGCCAAGUAUGAGAUGGUCAGUGACGGCCUCUACCGCCAGCUGAUCAUCAACGCCGUCCAGCCUGAGGACGAGGACACUUAUACCUGUGAUGCUGGCGAUGUUAAGACCAGUGCCCAAUUCUUUGUGGAAGAGCAAUCCAUCACUAUCGUGCGGGGCCUGCAGGAUGUGACGGUGAUGGAGCCCGCCCCUGCCUGGUUCGAGUGUGAGACCUCCAUCCCCUCGGUGCGGCCGCCUAAGUGGCUCCUGGGGGAGACGGUGCUGCAGGCAGGGGCUGACGUGGGGAUGGAACAGGAGGGCACAGUGCACCGGCUGACGCUGCGGCGUACCUGCUCCACCAUGACAGGGCCGGUGCACUUCACCAUCGGCAAAUCACGCUCCACCGCCUGCCUGGUCGUCUCAGACAUUCCCAUGGUGCUCACGCGGCCACUAGAGCCCAAGGUGGGGCGUGAGCUGCAGUCGGUAGUCCUGUCCUGUGACUUCAAGCCACCCCCCAAGACCGUGCAGUGGUACAAGGAGGAGACACCCCUGGUGCCAUCUGACAAGUUCAAGAUGGGGCUGGAGGGCCACAUGGCAGAGCUGCGCAUCCUGCGGCUCACGCCCGCGGAUGCUGGUGUCUACCGGUGCCAGGCCGGCAGUGCCCAGAGCAGCGCUGAGGUUACUGUGGAAGUGCGGGAGGUGACGGUGACGCAGCCACUGCAGGACUUGGAGGUCACGGAGGAGGGCUGUGCCUGCUUCUCCUGCGAGCUGUCCCACGAGGACGAGGCGCUGGAGUGGUCGCUCAAUGGGACGCCACUGUGUAACGACAGCCUCCACAAGAUUACCCAUGAGGGCCGCCGCCACACGCUGGUGCUGAAGCAGGUCCAACGGGCUGACACGGGCACUGUAUGCGCCUCCUCGCCCAAGGUUAUGGCCUCGGCCCGCCUGGAGGUCAAAGGGAAGCCGGUGGUGUUCCUGAAGGCGUUGGACGACGUGUCCGUGGAGGAGUGGGGCACGCUGACCUUGCGGUGCGAGGUCUCUGACCACCAGGCUCGUGUGGUGUGGCGAAAGGACGGCAUGGAGUUGGGCCCCAGUGACAAGCGUGACUUCCUGUACACAGCGGGCACUCGGGGACUCGUGGUGCACAACCUGAGCAGGGACGAUGCUGGCCUGUACACCUGCGACGUGGGCACUGAUGAGACCCGUGCCCAUGUCAGCGUGCACGACCUGCACGUGGGCAUCACCAAGAGGCUGAAGACAGUGGAGGUGAUGGAGGGCGAGAGCUGCAGCUUUGAGUGCGUCCUGUCCCAUGAGAACACUGGCGAUGUUGCUGUAUGGAUGGUUGGUGGGAAAACGGUGGGCAGCUCUGGCCGCUUCUGGGCCACACGCCAGGGCCGCAAGUAUACGCUGGCUGUCCGAGAUGCUCUGCCAAGUGACGCUGGGGAGGUGGUCUUCUCUGUGCGGGACCUCACCUCCAAGGCCUCGCUCAUGAUCAGAGAGAGGCCAGUUGACAUUGUGAAGCCACUGGAAGACCAGCGGGCCAUGCUGGGUGAGGAUGUGGUGCUGAGGUGUGAGCUGUCACGGGAGGGGACCCCAGUGUGCUGGCUGAAGGACGGGAAAGCCAUUCGCAAGAGUAAGAAGUAUGAGCUUCUCAUCGAAGGCACUCGAGCCAUGCUGGUCAUCCAUGCAGCCUCACUCAAAGAUUCUGGCGAGUACACGUGUGAGACAGAGUCUUCCAAAAGCACAGCCAACCUCCGAGUGGAAGAAAAACCAAACCAGUUCACGGAGGAGCUGGCCGACCUGCAGGUGGAGGAGAAGGGCACAGCUGUGUUCGCCUGCAAGACGGAGCGCCCCGCGGCCUCAGUGACCUGGCGCAAGGGCCUCACAGAGCUGCAAGCCUCGGAGAAGCAUGCUCCCAGCCAGGAGGGCCUGACCUUGAGGCUCACCAUCAGCGCCCUGGAGAAGGCGGACAGUGACACUUACACCUGUGACAUCGGCCAGGCCCAGUCCCAGGCUCGGCUCCUGGUGAAAGGCCAGAAAGUGCUCAUCACGGAGGACCUGGAGGACUUGGAGGUGCAGGAGGGCUCCUCGGCCACCUUCUGCUGCCGUAUCUCCCCUGCCGACUACAAGCCCGUCCACUGGUUCUUGGACAAAACCCCGCUGUCUGCCAACGAACUCAAUGAGAUUGAGGUCCAGCCGGGUGGCUACCAUGUGCUUACCCUGCGGCAGCUGGCCCUCAAGGACUCAGGCACCAUCCAUUUUGAGGCAGGCGACCAGCGGACCUCAGCUGCCUUGCAGGUCACAGAGAAGCCAAGUGUUUUCUCCCAGGAGCUCACAGAUGCCACAGUCAUGGAGGGGGAAGAUCUGACCCUGGUCUGUGAGACUGCUGCUUUAGACAACCCUGUGUGCUGGACCAAGGAUGGGAAGGCCCUGCGGCCGUCGGCUCGGUGCCAUCUGAGCUAUGAGGGCCGCCGAGCCCAACUGGUCAUCACUGACACCACCCUUCAGGACGGUGGGCGCUACAAGUGUGAGGCUGGGGGUGCCUGGAGCAGCUCCAUUGUCAAAGUCCAUGCUCAGCCAGUGCGGUUCCGAGAGGGACUGAAGGACGUGGAGGUGCUGGAGGGUGGUGCUGCCACACUACACUGCAUGCUGUCAUCGGUGGCCAUGCCCGUGGAGUGGCGUCGUGGAGAUGAGGUUGUGCAGCCUGGAGACAAGUACAGCCUGCGGCAGGAGGGUACCAUGCUGGAACUGCUCAUCCGGGACCUGCAGCCUCAGGACAGCGGGCAGUACUCCUGCUGCUUCGGGGACCAGAUGACAUCGGCCAGGCUCACCGUACAGGCCCUACCUGCUGAGUUCGUAGGAAGACUGAGAAGCAAGGAGGCCAUGGAAGGGACCACGGCCAUGCUGCUCUGUGAGCUGAGCAAGGCAGCCCCUGUGGAGUGGAGGAAGGGGCCCGAGACCCUCAGAGCUGGAGACAGAGUGAGCCUGAGGCAGGACGGAGCCAUGUGUGAGCUGGAGAUCCAUGGCCUGACCAUGGAGGAUGCUGGGGAGUACUCGUGUGUGUGCGGGCAGGAGAGGACAUCAGCCACGCUCACCGUCAGGGGCCUGCCUGCCAAGUUCACAAAGGGUCUGAGGAAGGAAGAGGCCAUGGAAGGGACCACGGCCACACUGCACUGUGAACUGAGCAAGGCAGCCCCUGUGGAGUGGAGGAAGGGGCCUGAGACCCUCAGAGCCGGGGACAGAGUGAGCCUGAGGCAGGACGGGGCCGUGUGUGAGCUGGAGAUCUGUGGCCUGGUUGUGGCAGAUGCCGGGGAGUACUCAUGCGUGUGUGGUCAGGAGAAAACCUCAGCCACGCUCACUGUCAGGGCCCUGCCUGCCAAGUUCACAAAGGGUCUGAAGAAUGAAGAAGCCAUGGAAGGGGCUACAGCCACCCUGCGGUGUGAGCUGAGCAAGGCGGCCCCUGUGGAGUGGAGGAAGGGGCCCGAGACCCUCAAACCUGGGGACAGAGUGAGCCUGAAGCAGGACGGGGCCAAGUGUGAGCUGCAGAUACAUGGCCUGGUUGUGGUGGACGCCGGGGAGUACUCGUGUGUGUGCGGACAGGAGAGGACUUCUGCCACACUGGCCAUCAGGGCCCUGCCUGCUCGGUUCAUCCAAGAUCUGAAGACCAAAGAGGCCACAGAAGGGGCCACAGCCACACUUCACUGUGAGCUGAGCAAGGAAGCCCCUGUGGAGUGGAGGAGGGGGCCCAAGGCCCUCAGAGCCGGGGACAGAGUGAACCUGAGGCAGGACGGAGCCAUGUGUGAGCUGGAGAUCCGUGGCCUGGUUGUGGCAGAUGCCGGGGAGUACUCAUGCGUGUGUGGGCAGGAGAAAACCUCAGCCGUGCUCACUGUCAAGGCCCUUCCCACCAAGUUCACAAAGGGUCUGAGGAAGGAGGAGGCCACAGAAGGGGCCAUGGCCACACUGCACUGCGAGCUGAGCAAGGAAGCCCCUGUGGAAUGGAGGAAGGGGCCUGAGACCCUCAGAGCCGGGGACAGAGUGAGGCUGAGGCAGGACGGAGCCGUGUGUGAGCUGGAGAUCCAUGACCUGACUGAGGAGGAUGCUGGGGAGUACUCGUGUGUGUGCGGGCAGGAGAGGACAUCAGCCACGCUCACCGUCAGGGGCCUGCCUGCCAAGUUCACAAAGGGUGUGAAGAAGGAAGAGGCCACGGAAGGGACCACAGUCACGCUGCGCUGUGAGCUGAACAAGGCAGCCCCUGUGGAGUGGAGGAAGGGGCCCGAGACCCUCAGAGCCGGGGACAGAGUGAGCCUGAGGCAGGACGGGGCCGUGUGUGAGCUGAAGAUCCGUGACCUAGUUGUGGCAGAUGCCGGGGAGUACUCGUGUGUGUGUGGCCUGGAGAAAACCUCAUCCACACUCACUGUCACGGGCCUGCCUGCCAAGUUCACAAAGGGUGUGAAGAAGGAAGAGGCCACGGAAGGGGCCACGGUUACGCUGCGCUGUGAGCUGAACAAGGCAGCCCCUGUGGAGUGGAGGAAGGGGCCCGAGACCCUCAGAGCCGGGGACAGAGUGAGCCUGAGGCAGGACGGAGCCAUGUGUGAGCUGGAGAUUCGUGGCCUGGUUAUGGCGGAUGCCGGGGAGUACUGUUGUGUCUGCGGGCAGGAGAGGACCUCUGCCACGCUGACCAUUAGGGCCCCACAGGUGGUGUUCAGGAAGCCACUACAGAGCCUGCAGGCUGAGGAGGGCACCUCAGCCAGCCUGCGGUGUGAGCUGUCUGAGCCUAGCGCUGCUGUGGUCUGGAGUAAGGGUGGCCUGGAGCUGCAGGCUGACGAGCGCUGGGAGCCACAGCAGCGGGGCCACAUGGCGGAGCUGGUGCUUCGGGACUUGCGCCGGGAGGACACUGGAGAAUACACCUGCACCUGCGGCUCCCAGGCCACCAGCGCCACCCUCACCGUCACAGUUGCACCCGUGAGGUUCCUUCGGGAGCUGCAGGCCCACGAGGUAGACGAGGGCGCAACGGCACACCUGCGCUGUGAGCUGAGCCGGGCAGGUGCCAGCGUGGAGUGGCGCAAGGGCUCCCUGCAGCUCUUCCCCUGUGCCAAGUACCAGAUGGUGCUGGAGGGCACAGCCGCUGAGCUGCUGGUGCACGGUGCUGAGCAGGAGGAUGCCGGCCACUACACCUGCGACACAGGCCAUGCACAGAGCACUGCCAGCCUCUCUGUCCGCGCCCCUAGGCCCACGUUUAAGAUGGAGCUGCAGAGUGCAGAGCAGGAGGCGGGUGGUGUGGCCCAGCUGUGCUGCCAGCUGAAUGACUCAGAGCCUGGGGCCCCCGUGCUGUGGCUCAAGGAGGGUGUGGAACUGCAAGGGAGUCCCAAGUAUGAGAUGCGACGCAAGGGGGCCACGUGUGAGCUACUGAUCCACGGACUUGAGGCCAAGGACGCGGGCGAGUACGCCUGCAUGGUGGGCAGCCAGAAAACCUUGGCCUCCCUCAAAGUCAAAGAGCCUGAGGUGACCAUCGUGCGGGGCCUGGUUGACACCGAGGUGCAAGCCGACGGGGAAGCAGAGUUCAGCUGUGAAGUGUCGCGGGCUGAGGCCGUGGAUGUGGAGUGGCGCCUCCAGGGCCUGCCGCUGCAGAGCAAUGAGGUGACCGAAGUGGCCGUGCGGGGUGGCCGCACCCAUACACUGCGGCUGAAGAACGUGACUCCCGAGGAUGCGGGCGUUGUCUCCUUCCACGUGGGCCUCCACACAUCCUCUGCCCAACUCACCGUCACAGCCCCUGAGGUGACCAUCCUGGAGCCCCUGCAGGAUGUGCAGCUCAGCGAGGGCCAGGAUGCCCACUUCCAGUGCCGACUGUCAAGGGCCUUGGGCCAGGAGGCCCACUGGGCCCUGGGAGGGGUGCCCCUGCAGGCCAACGAGAUGAACGACAUCACGGUGGAGCAUGGCACACUCCACUUGCUCACCCUGCACAAGGUGACCCCUGAAGAUGCCGGAACCAUCAGUUUCCAAGUGGGCUCAUGUCGCUCAGAGGCCCAGCUGAAGGUCACAGCCAAGAACACUGUGGUGAGAGGCCUGGAAAACGUGGAGGCGCCUGAGGGCGGUGAGGCGCUGUUCGAGUGCCUCUUGUCGCGGCCGGAGGUGGCCGCCCACACCUGGCUGCUGGAUGACGAGCCGGUGCGCACCUCUGAGGAUGCCGAGGUGGUUUACUUUGAGGACGGCCUGCGGCACCUGCUGCUGCUCAGAAACCUGCGGCCUCAAGACAGCUGCCGGGUGACCUUCCUGGUGGGGGACAUGGUGACAUCUGCGUUCCUCACAGUCCGAGGCUGGCGCUUGGAGGUCUUGGAGGCACCCCGGGACACGGCCGUGCUGGCCGGGGGGCGGGCCAGCUUCAGCUGCACGCUCAGCGAGACAGUGCCGGUGGGUGAGGCGACCUGGUACAUAAAUGGAGCCUCGGUGCAGCCUGACGACGCAGACUGGACAGUCACCGCCGAAGGCAGCCAGCACACCCUGCUGCUGCACCGGGCCCAGCUACACCACGCCGGCGAGGUCACCUUCGCCGCCCGUGAUGCCGUGGCCUCUGCGAGGCUCACUGUGCUGGGCCUCCCCGACCCCCCAGAGGACGCCGAGGUGGUGGGGCGCACUGGCAGCUCCGUGACACUGUCUUGGGUGGCUCCCACGAGUGACGGCGGAGGUGGUCUCUGUGGCUAUCGGGUAGAAAUGAAGGCAGCGGCCACAGGAGAGUGGCAGCUGUGCCAUGAGCUGGUGCCCGGGCCCGAGUGCCUGGUGGGUGGCCUGGCCCCCGGGGAGACCUACCGCUUCCGUGUGGCCGCAGUGGGCGCGGCAGGCGCUGGGGAGCCUGUGUACCUGCCCCGGACCGUGAGGCUUGCAGAGCCCCAGGAGCCCAUGCCUGCACCCCCUGCCCCUGAGAGCCGGCAGGUGGCAGCUGGGGAGGACUUGUGUCUGGAGUGUGAGGUGGCCGAGGCUGGUGAGGUCAUCUGGCUGAAGGGAACAGAGCGCAUCCAGCCCAGUGGGCGCUUCCAGCUUCUCUGCCAGGGUCAGCGGCAGACGCUGUUGAUUCGGGACUUCUCAGCGGAGGACCAGGGCGAGUAUCGCUGCGCCCCUGCACGGGAUCCGGUCUCUGUGGCAGCUGCUGCCUUCCAGGUGGUGCUGACCCCAGAAUCUGGGGAUGAGGUCCCCACACAGCCCAGCCUGCCCCCUGAGGCGGCCCAGGAAGGCGACCUGCAUCUCCUGUGGGAGGCCCUGGCCCGGAAGCGCCGCAUGAGCCGAGAGCCUACGCUGGACUCCAUCAGCGAGCUGCCCGAGGAGGAUGGACGCCCGCAGUGCCUGCGGCAGGAGGUGGAGGAGGUGGCUCCUGACCUCUCUGAGGACUCUUCCACGGCUGACGAGCUGACACGCACUGGCGAGGCUGACCUCUCACACACCAGCUCUGACGACGAGUCCCGUGCGGGCACUCCUUCCCUGGUUACCUACCUCAAGAAGGCUGGGAGGGCCAGUGCCUCACCACUGGCCAGCAAGGUUGAGGCCCCAGCAGCGCCUUCUGGGAAGCCACAAAAGCAGCAGGAGAAGCCAGCUUCAGUACCCCCACCACCAGGAGACCUGAGCGUUGGGGACUUGGGUGACCUAUCCAUGGAGAAGGCAGCAGUGAAGAUCCAGGCUGCCUUCAAGGGUUAUAAGGUCCGGAAGGAGAUGCAGCAGCAGGAGGGGCCUGUGUUCUGCCGCACGUUUGGGGACACCGUGGCACAGGUGGGAGAUGUCCUGCAUCUGGAGUGUGUAGUGUCCAGCAAGACAGAUGUGCGUGCCCGCUGGCUGAAGGACGGUGUGGAGCUGACUGAUGGCCGGCACCACCACAUUGACCAGCUUGGGGAUGGCACCUGCUCUCUGCUGGUCACUAGCCUGGGCCGGGCCGACGCUGGCCACUAUACCUGUCAGGUGAGCAACAAGUUUGGCCGUGUGGCCCACAGUGCCUGUGUGGUGGUCAGUGGGACGGAGAGUGAGACCGAGAGUUCCUCCGGGAGUGAGCUGGAUGACACCCUCCGCCGGGCCGCCCGGCGGCUGUACCGCCUCUUCCGCACGAAGGGCCCGGCAGAGGUUUCAGAUGAGGAGAUCUUCAGUGCUGACAAGGGCAAGGCAGAGCCCGAGGAGCCUGGGGACAGGCAGACAUACCGCGAAGAUGAACAGUCCAUCUGCAUCCGCUUCGAGGCGCUUGCCGAGGCCCGCCGGGCAGCCACCUGCUUCCAGGACAUGUUUGGCACGCUGGACAACAGAGUGGACAUCAGCCUGUCAGAGCAGGGGCUGCAUGGGGUGGAGAUGCGCAUUGGCAAGGUGGCCCCCACCCCUGCAGCGCCUCCGGAGCCAGCACUGGCCGCAGAGGCAGCCCCGGUGUUCCUGACUGAGCUACAGAAUCAGGAGGUGCUGGAUGGGUACCCCGUGAGCUUUGACUGUGUGGUGACAGGCCAGCCCGUGCCCAGUGUGCACUGGUUCAAGGACGGGAGGGUGCUGGAGGAGGAUGACCACUACAUGAUCAGUGAGGACCAGCAGGGCGGCCACCAGCUCAUCAUCACAGCUGUGGUGCCAGCAGACAUGGGUGUCUACCGCUGCCUGGCUGAGAACAGCGUGGGUGUGUCCUCUACCAAAGCGGAGCUCCGCGUGGACCUGACCAGCACCGACUACGACACUGCUGCGGAGGCCACGGAAACCUCGUCCUAUUUCAGCGCCCAAGGCUACCUGUCCAGCCGGGAGCAGGAGGGCACGGAGUCUACCUCAGAGGAGGGGCAGCUGCCGCAGGUCGUGGAGGACCUGAAAGAUCUCCAGGUGGCCCCCGGCACACGUCUGGCCAAGUUCCAGCUCAAGGUGAAAGGCUACCCCACGCCUCGACUGUACUGGUUCAAAGAUGGGCAGCCCCUGACUGCAUCUGCACACAUCUGCAUGACGGACAGGAAGACACUGCACACCCUGGAGAUUGUCUCGGUCACCAGCGAGGAUGCUGGCCAGUACUCGGCCUACAUCAGCAACACCGUGGGUGCUGCUUAUUCGUCUGCUCGGCUGCUGGUCCGAGGCCCCAAUGAACCAGAAGAGAAGCCAGCAUUCGAUGUACACCAACAGCUGGUACCACCCCGAUUCCUGGAGAAGUUCACCUCCAAGAAAGUGAAGAAGGGCUCCAGCAUCACCUUCUCAGUGAAGGUUGAAGGAGACCCACCCCCAGCUGUGCAUUGGCUGCGGGAAGAGGCUGAGCAGGGUGUGCUGUGGAUCGGCCGCCACACGCCGGGCUACACAGUGGCCAGCUCUGCCCAGCAGCACAACCUGGUCCUUCUGGAUGUGGACCGACAGCACCAGGGCACCUACACCUGCAUCGCCACAAACACUGCUGGCCAGGCCCUCUGUUCCGCAAGCUUGCACGUCUCUGGCUUACCUAAGGAGGCUGGGGCAGCGGAGGAGCAGGCCAGGGUGAAGGAGGCCCUCAUCUCCACCUUCCUGCAGGGGACCCAAGCUGUUUCCGAACAGAUGUCGGAGCCUUCAGGUUUCACUGACCUCGCUGGGCAGAGGAAAGAGCUCCCGGCAGCAGAGGCCUGUGGCCACCUGUCCUUGGCCGAGGUGGGCACGGAAGAGUUCCUGAAGAAGCUCACUUCGCAGAUCACAGAGAUGGUGUCAGCCAAGAUCACACAGGCCACACUGCAGGUGCCUGGAGGUGACAGCGAUGAGGAGUCCAAGACGCCGUCCGCGUCCCCCCGGCAUGGCCGGUCACGCCCCUCUUCCAGCGUCCAAGAGUCAUCCUCAGAGUCCGAGGAUGGAGACUCCCGGGGAGAGAUCUUUGACAUCUAUGUGGUCACGGCUGACUACCUGCCCCUGGGAGCUGAGCAGGAUGCCAUCUUGCUGCGGGAGGGCCAGUAUGUGGAGGUGCUGGACUCGGCGCACCCGCUGCGCUGGCUUGUGCGUACCAAACCCACCAAGUCCAGCCUCUCUCGGCAAGGCUGGGUGUCUCCUGCCUACCUGGACAGGCGGCUCAAGCUGUCACCUGAGUGGGGGCCAGCUGAGGCCCCUGAGUUCCCCGGGGAGGCUGUAUCGGAGGAUGAGUACAAGACGAGGCUGAGCUCCAUCAUCCGGGAGCUGCUGAGCUCGGAGCAGGCCUUUGUGGGCAAGCUGCGGUUCCUGCAGAACCACCACAUGCAGUACCUGGACCGCUGCCCCCACGUGCCCACGGCUGUGGCCAGCCAGAAGGCAGUCAUCUUCCGAAAUGUGCAGGACAUCAGCCACUUCCACAGCAGCUUCUCACAGGAGCUGCAUAACUGCGACACGGAUGACGACGUGGCCAUGUGCUUCAUCAAGAACCAGGCAGCCUUUGAGAAGUAUCUGGAGUUCCUGGUGGGCCGAGUGCAGGCUGAGUCGGUGAUGGUCAGCACAGCCGUGCAGGAGUUCUACAAGAAAUACACUGAGGAGGUGCUGUCAGCCGCAGAUCCUUCGCAGCCACCCCCGCCGUCCCUGCAGCACUUCCUGGAGCAGCCGGUGGAGCGGGUCCAGCAGUACCAGGCCCUCCUCAAGGAGCUGAUCCGCAACAAGGCGCGGAAUGGACAGAACUGUGCACUGCUAGAGCAGGCCUACGCAGUGGUGUCGGCCCUGCCGCAGCGUGCCGAGAACCAGCUGCACGUGUCUCUCAUGGAGAACUACCCGGGCACCCUGGAGGCUCUAGGCGAGCCCAUCCGCCAGGGCCACUUCAUUGUGUGGGAGGGGGCACCGGGUGCGCGGAUGCCGUGGAAGGGCCACCACCGGCAUGUCUUCCUGUUCCGCCACCACCUGGUGGUCUGCAAGCCCAGGCGGGACUCGCGCACUGACACCUUCAGCUACGUCUUCCGGAACAUGAUGAAGCUGAGCAACAUCGACCUGAACGACAAGGUGGAGGGCGAUGACCGUGCCUUCGAGGUUUGGCAUGAGCGGGAGGACUCAGUACGCAAGUACCUGCUGCAGGCGCGGACGAUCAUCACCAAGAACUCCUGGGUGAAGGAGAUCUGUGGCAUCCAGCAGCGCCUGGCCCUGCCCGUGUGGCGGCCCCCGGAUUUUGAAGAGGAGCUGGCCGACUGCACGGCUGAGCUGGGCGAGACAGUCAAACUGGCCUGCCGUGUGACGGGCACACCCAAGCCCAUUGUGAGCUGGUACAAAGAUGGGAAGCCAGUGGAGGUGGACCCUCAUCACAUCCUCAUUGAAGACCCUGAUGGCUCGUGUGCCCUCAUCCUGGACAACCUGACUGGUGUCGACUCUGGCCAGUACAUGUGCUUUGCAGCCAGUGCUGCUGGCAAUGCCAGCACCCUGGGCAAGAUCUUGGUGCAAGUCCCGCCUCGGUUUGUGAACAAGGUCCGGGCAGUGCCCUUUGUGGAAGGAGAAGAUGCCCAGAUCACCUGCACCAUCGAAGGUGUCCCACACCCUCAGAUCAGAUGGUACAAGGAUGGGGCCCUGCUGACCCCUGGGGGCAAAUACCAGACCCUGAGUGAGCCCCGCAGCGGCCUGCUGGUGCUGGAGAUCCGGGCAGCUGGCAAGGAGGACCUGGGCCUCUAUGAGUGUGAGUUGGUGAACCGGCUGGGCUCCAAACGGGGCGGCGCGGAGCUGUUCAUGCAGGACCCGGCGCUGCUGGCCCGAGAACAGCAGCACGUGGGGCAGCUCGCUGCCGUGGAAGUCACUGAGCAGGAGACUAAAGUCCCCAAGAAAACCGUCAUCAUAGAGGAGACGAUUACCACUGUGGUGAAGAGCCCCCGUGGCCGACGCCAGUCCCCUAGCAAGUCUCCCUCUCACUCUUAUCACCCUGCCAGUCUGCCCAAGCCAGGCCUGUUGGCCCCUGAGCUGCUGCACUCCCCAGGGGCCAGCCAAUCCUGCAGGCCUGAGGCAGAGCCAGGCUGGAGGCCCACUGUGCCCACUCUGUACGUGACGGAGCCCGAGGCCCACAUGUCAGCCCUGCCUGGGGGCACUGGGCCCCAGCCCAAAUGGGUGGAGGUCGAGGAGACCAUUGAAGUUCGGGUGAAGAAGACUGGCUCAACGGGCGCGUCUCUGGCCAGAGAGACGCCUGGCAGCUCGGAGGGGCUUCUCUCCACACUGCCUGGCAGGAUGCCUGGAGAAGACCCCAAUACAAACAACUCCAACAACAAGCUGUUGACCCAGGAGCCCCCAGCCAUGGUCAGUGUUGGCGAGCCCCUAGUCUUCCAUGUGGAAACGGGGCCAGAGACCCCUGAGCUGUCCCCUCCCUGGGCUGCUGAAGAGGAGGCCCCCCUGGAGGAGACGGAGGAAAGAGGUACCUACCAGACAGAAGAGCCCCUGAGUGCCGAUGGUCUUCAGGGCCGGGACCCCAAGAUCCUCACACACAACGGCCGUGCACUCACACUGGCUGACCUGGAGGAUUAUGUGCCCCAGGAAGGGGAGACCUUUGGCUGCAGCGGCCCCAUGCCCAGUGCUUCUGGUGACCCGCCCUGCGAAAUCUCAGUGCUUCAGAGAGAGAUCAGCGAGCCCACCGUGGGGCAGCCCGUCCUGCUCAAUGUGGGGCUCCCGCCAGGUUCCCAAACCUCCCCUGGCUUCUUCACCCGCGUGCCCAGCUCCCGGGAGGCGUUUCCAUCAGGGCCGCAGGACCUUGGCCCCAGGGGCGUCUCCUUCUGCUUUCAGGAGGCCCGGGCUGGAGGUACCAUGUCCCGGAAGCCGUCCUUCUGCACUCAGGUUCAGCACUCUGUGGACAGUGGCCAGAGCAGCUUCAAAACGGAGGUUUCCACCCAGACGGUCAGCUUUGGGACAGUGGGGGAGACUGUCACCCUGCACAUUUGCCCGGAUGGGGACAUGGACCCUAGCCCCUCCCAGGGCUGA